AUGUUCAUGCUGUUGAGGGUAAAAAAGAAAAAAAAAUAUUUUUUUAAGCUCUUGAUACUGGAGAACAUCAUCACCAUCCAUCACCACCACAGUAUCUUUUGUGCGAAUAAAAUGUUUUACGUGCACUUUACUAUAAUUUAUAAUUAUAACAGCAAUAUAAUUAUAACAACAACUUUUAUGAUAGAAUUAAAUAAUAAUUUAGAAUAAUAUUAUUUUUAUGUAGCAAUUUAUAAUGUGACCGUGUUAUAUAAUAGUACUGUUAUGUAACAAUAAUAAUUUUACUAUAAUUUUGUUUGCGUAAUAACUUACAAUACUCGUUUCAUAUAAUAAUUUAUAACACUAUUGUAAUAAUGAUGGCUAUAAUUUAUAAAAGGAUUACGACAAUAAUAAUAUAAUAAUAAUAAUGAUAAUAACAAUUCAAAAGGGCAUUAUAAUUAUAACAAUUGUAGCAAUAAUAAUUUUAUUAUAAUUUAGUUUAACUCUAUCGUGAAAAUUAUAGAACGUGAAUUUCGAGGAAUGAAUUGCGUGAAACAAGGCUGAUCUCGUGUGUAAUCUGUUUGUCUCCAUCCGGAGGUAUUAGCGCGCGUUGUUGUGACAAAUUUAUCUUUCUUUCUGAUAUUCUUUCAGAUGCUUCACGGGACGUGGCUGCAGUGCUCGACGCUGCUGUUACUACUGCUAGGAACGCGGCUACUGUUCGUGGUCGCGCAAUGUGGAUCGUUCGCGCAGGAUCGACAGGAGAAAGAGGACAAACAGGAUAAACUGGCGCUGUACAAAGUCACUUUAAGGACUUACUGGUCGAGGGCGCGAUUUCCACGACACUAUCCGGAAUGGAAGCCACCGGCGCAGUUCGGCAAGCUGAUCGGUGAGCCAAUUUUGAAUGUCUGAUGUUCCUUCGAGCUGCGUUUCGUGUGUCCUUUCACAGCGGGAAGAAAAAUUUGCCGAUAUAAAUUUUAUUACUUUGACAGUUUAUCAACCAAGAGAAAGAGUUGAAUCUUAA